CCAGUAGAUGUCCUGUGGGGAGAGGAGCACACCACACCGGCCGAGGCGCGGAUACAAACAUAGCCCAAUAGGAGGCUUGAUGGCAUCCGAGCCAUAAAGGACUUUUUACCCAGAGAGCACUCGGUUCUCUCCCACGAUCUGCCUCGGUUAAUGGUGAUCAGGGUGAACGGGGUGGUCGCCGCCUGCAUCUCCCUCAGUGUGUGUGUGUGUGUGUGUGUGUGUGUGUGUGUGUGUGUGUGUGUGUGUGUGUGUGUGUGUGUGUGUGUGUGUGUGUGUGUACCCUCCUCAGCGCACAGGCGCCCUGCACUCCAGUCUGCUGACACCGGGAGGACAGUCCGCACUACACGUCCGCGUCAUUGGACUCUAUGUGGAUACAAAGCCUGGUCACAACACACAUAUGGGGAUACUUUAGUGGGAACUACAGCCUGAGACCUUUUACAUGAACACAGAGCGGCACUGAAGGACCUUGGAGAGCCAGAGAACGAGCGCUGGCCUUCCUCUGACUGUGUGACCAGCGAAUGAGCCUUGUUCAUGCGUCUCCCUGCGUGCCACUCCCACAUCACUAUGAAUUGUGAGCAGGACUUUGCAGACGGGGGCUUGGGAGUGACCCUCACACUACGUCUGCUCAUGCAUGGAAAGGAGGUUGGCAGCAUCAUAGGCAAGAAAGGAGAGACUGUGAAACGAAUACGAGAAGAGAGCAGUGCUCGGGUCAACAUCUCAGAGGGCUCCUGUCCAGAGAGGAUCAUCACCAUCACAGGCUCCACAGACUGUGUCUUCAGAGCUUUCACCAUGAUCACAUACAAACUGGAAGAGGACCUGACUGCGCUGGUGGCCAACGGCACCAUUAGCUCCAAGCCUCCAGUCACCCUGCGGCUGGUCAUCCCUGCCAGCCAGUGUGGCUCUCUCAUUGGAAAGGGAGGGGCCAAGAUAAAGGAGAUCAGAGAGAGCACUGGAGCUCAGAUACAGGUGGCAGGGGAUUUGUUGCCCAACUCUACUGAGCGAGGGGUGACGAUAUCUGGGAAUCAGGAGUCUGUAAUCCAGUGUGUCAAGCUCAUCUGCACAGUAAUCCUGGAGUCUCCCCCGAAGGGUGCCACCAUCCCCUACCGACCCAGCCCCUCACCCGCUGCCCUCCUCAUCGCAGGGAACCAGGUGUAUGAGGCAUCAGAAUUUGCACCCCACCCUCUGUACUCCGUCACUCAAGGGGGCCUGGACCUCCAGCAGGCCUACACUUUGCAAAACCAAUAUGGCAUUCCACACUCAGAGAUGGCCAAGCUACAUCAGCUGUCAAUGCAGCAAGGCCUGAGUCAAAUGGCCCAGCCUGCAACGACUAUCAUACCUGGGAUGGAUUCCAACUCUCAGACAUCUCAGGAGCUGCUUAUUCCCAAUGAUCUGAUCGGCUCAAUCAUCGGCCGUCAGGGCACUAAGAUCAACGAGAUCCGUCAGGUGUCAGGGGCUCAGAUCAAGAUCGGCAGUCAGCUGGACGGUACAAGUGACCGUCAUGUCACUAUCACGGGAACACCGGUCAGCAUUAACUUGGCCCAGUACCUCAUUACCUCCUGUUUAGAGACCGCCAAAUCCACAGCCCAGGCAGCAACUAUGGCAGCUCCGGUCGACCUCAACAUGGCCUUCACUCAGCCAGCCUCCCCAGCUGCCUCCCCUGCACCCACCAUGGCCACAAUGGGCACCCUGACUCCGGCUCAUAUGCUUGGCACCCCAUAUGGCGCCAUGCCCCUCUCCGGCCUGCUGGGGAUGAAGUCUGUCCCCUUUCUGACUCUGUCCAGUCCCGGCCCCACCAUGGCCGUCACUGCAGCGCCCUCCCACACCACUCUGGCCGCCUACACCACCAAAAUCUCCUCAGUCAACUGCAUCAAAAAGCCAGAGAGACAGAAGUUUGCUCCAUACUGAUGCAGACUCUGAGCUCUGGAGAGUCAAAUUAAGGACAGCUGCAGUGUUCUUUCACAAAACGCCUGAUAUAGCCAUAUCCGCUGGCAGCGAUGCUCUUGACUUUUAUUCUAUGAUGCACCAACAGAGGAGAGACCAAUGGAGAUGUGGAUAAAGCUAUUAAAGGUUAUUUACAGUUAUAGAUAAUUUGUGAGUUUCCCAUGAAUUGAUGGACUGCUUUCAUUGUCACCUCAUCACUGUUAUUGAUCACU